GCAAAGCAAGCGGUCCAGAAAAGCGAGUCUUCCGUCUUCGGAUCUCCAGUUCACUCCCCUUUCUUCCCCCCUCCCUUUCGAACUCGCGGUGUCUUCAAGACCCUUCUUUUUUUCUGUUGGUGGCAAGAGUUAGUGAAGUGUUGUGUGUGCGUGUGUGUGGUUUUCGGUGGUGCAUGAUUGACUGACCGCAUGCCCGGUCACGCGACCCACCUGCUGCUCCUUGGCUGCCUGCUCUGCCUGCUCGGCGAUGUCCCGAGGAUCGGGGCCAUCCACCGCUGGAGUCCCAUGAUGAAGGCCUUCCGCUACAUCCAGGAGACGAUGCUCAAGAACAGUCUGGAGCGGGCCCACCUCAACCAUGGCAUCGUCUUCGAGUGUCGCACCAUUUCAGCUAAGGAUUUUGGCAAUGAAGUGCACUUCCAUCUGCAACUGGGGGACCUUCGGGGAUUUCGUCGACUGAAUCCCAAUAAAAAGCUGGCUCUAUUCCUGCAUGGUUGGAAUGAUCAAGGCAGCAAGGACUGGGUGCAAGAGCUAUUGUUAACUUGGACCCUUUUCGACUCGAACUACAAUGUGUGCGUUGUCGAUUGGGGAAACCUCUCACAGAAUGAUUACAAGUCGGCUUCCAUGUCCAUUUUCGAUGUGGGAAUUACGGUGGCGGGGAUUAUAAUGGCGCUGGAGGAACUGCGACCCACUCACUUUCAUCGGAGCAACGUCACCUUGGCGGGGUACAGUUUGGGCGCCCAUGCAGCUGGAUAUGCGGGAGCGGUUCUGGAGGGGCAGGUGGAGCAAAUAAUUGGACUGGAUCCCGCUGGACCGCUGUUCUCGCUGCCCGCCGAGGUGUCGCCGAAGUAUCGCUUGGAUCCCGGCGAUGCCCAGUUCGUCCAGGUGCUCCACACCUCCGGCGGAUCACUGGGCACAAGUCUGAAGUGCGGACACGCCGACUUCUAUCCCAACGGAGGCAGGGCGCCCCAGACGAACUGCAAGAUGUUCGCCAAUCUGCGGGAUAUGCAGAAUACCAAUCCCAUUUCCUGCAGCCAUUCGGCGGCUGCGAUUUUCUUUCGUCAGUCGAUGGAUCCCGAGUAUCCGUUCGUGGGAUUCGAGUGCGGCAGCUACCGGGAGUUCUCCGCGGGAUACUGCGACGGGAACCGGAAGGCGCGGUUCGGGAUCCAUUCGCAGAGGCGUGCGCAGGGGAGCUUCUACUUCCGCACCGCCUCGCAGCAACCCUACGUGCAGAGGCGUCAGUCGAACUGGUUGGGCGGCGUGGGGCGCAUGGCGGGUGCCGGUGGAAAGGUGGCCACGGCCAGUGGAAACCCCCUUGUGCUGCGCCUCUGGACGAACAGCUGGCGGCGACGGGAGAGAGCGAGAAAGCGACAGAAGAGACACAGAGAUCGGUGCACGUGAAUUAGUUCCUAGUCUUAUGUUAGUGUUAUUUGGGCUGUCAACAAAACGCAGCCUAAGUGUAUACUUUAUUUUCUUAACUUCAAGAAGAGCCCCAAUAAACAAAAGUGUAAAUUGUUGAAAAAGUA